UCGACCCUGAUCCACCAGCGAGAAUGAGUAUCCCGGACGGCACGUACAAGAUCAAGAGUGACACUGACGCCGGAACAUACUACAUCAUAUCGGACGAAAAAGAGGGGUCGGUCCUGACCACAACGGAUCCGAGUCUAAUGCCACAAAGUGGAUUGUGAAGCACUUCAGACGCUCGAACCACUCUUCCAUUCAAGUUCAGAGCUCGCAAGGACGACUCCAUGUCUCGCUCAAGGUUCAAGAGGACGGUGACCCUGUCAAGAAGGGGAUAUCCGUUUCCUCCACGCACCCCACGAUGGAUCUCAACCCGCUUCCAUACGAUGUUAUUUUACAAGCAAACUGUACGCAGGCGUUCCACAUUUUUCCGCAGCAAAGCGCGAUGUCUUCCAUCGCGAAGAAUGUCGACGAUGCUUCCGACUCGCAAAACAGCAUCGUCUGUUUGAUCAGUGCGUUCAAAGGAGGUCCACACUGGGGCUUGUGUAAAAGAGAAGACGGUACUAGCUAUCAUCCCCAGGUCACCUUGAACGAGUCUGAGGAUACUGCAAAAAAACAAUUGUCGCUGGGUCUUCGUCCAAGUCCCACCUUCCGAUCCUCGACAGCGAAAUGGCUAACGUGUUUCUGGUGAGAUAUAGCUGUUCCUGAAGACCACUGCAUUCGAAUUCACGAUCCGCACUGUAACGUCUGUGAUCAUUGUAUCAUCGUAUUGAGCGGGCGAUGCUUGUCCAGGCGAGAAUUAUGCCAGAGAUCGAAAGUGCUUCCAAAUGAAUUC